AUGGUAUUAGUAUAUGACAAUUGGGAAAGGCUUGUUGAAGCCACUCUAAAGAGGAGCUUCGGGAAAUUGCUCGGCGUCCUGGCUUCAGCUCUGCUUCUUCAGAUUCCAGAGACAAUCACGAGAGCCAAAACUUCUUUUGCAAAACACAAGGUGUCCGAUUUUGGGGUAUCUUUGAUUGGCCCACAAGAUGACCAGUCCCACAUGUCAUUACGUGCUGCAGACAUGGUUGGGUACCUAGAUCCCGAGUACUAUAGAUUGCAACAAUUAACGACUAAGAAUGACAUUUAUAGUUUCGAGGUUGUACUACUUGAAUUGCCAUCAGGGGUUUUGGAUCAUAGGGUACUCCCUCGUACACCAUUUGAGAUUGAAGCAGUGGCAUAUGUAGGGUACCUUGCUGCAGAUUGUGUCAUGCGAGAGGGAAAAGAUAGGCCAUCCAUGAGUGAUAUGGUAAAUUGCUUAGAUAGAGCCCUAAAGGCAUGCUUGCCACCCCCACUUGUUGAUCCCAAAGGGUUGUAA